AAAGCGAAAGCGCAAAGCAACGACUCAGUAGGGGAUGUGUGUGUGUGUGUGUGUGUGAGAGAGAGAGAGAGAGGUGGUUGUUGCGAAGAAGCAAAGCGGUUAAGUAACAAUUGUAAGAAGAAGUGAGAGCUUGUAUUUUGUAGCAGCGCUCAGAGUGAAGAAGAGAAGAGAAGAGAAGAGAAGGAUGAGUAUAUGGAACUACGUUGUGACAGCUCAUAAACCUACCAACGUCACUCACUCCUGCGUUGGCAAUUUCACUAGCCCUCAAGACCUCAAUCUCAUUAUUGCGAAAUGCACCCGCAUCGAGAUUCAUUUGCUUUCUCCUCAAGGCUUGCAGCCUGUGUUGGACGUGCCAAUAUAUGGAAGGAUUGCCACACUUGAACUCUUCCGCCCUCAUGGUGAAGCACAGGACUAUCUGUUUAUUGCAACUGAAAGAUACAAAUUCUGUGUUCUUCAAUGGGAUCCCGAGACUUCUGAGCUUGUUACACGGGCGAUGGGGGAUGUUUCCGAUCGUAUUGGACGUCCCACAGAUAACGGUCAGAUUGGCAUUAUUGAUCCUGAUUGUAGGUUGAUUGGACUCCACUUGUAUGAUGGUUUGUUUAAAGUUAUUCCCUUUGACAAUAAAGGACAGCUCAAGGAAGCAUUUAAUAUUAGGCUUGAGGAGCUCCAAGUUUUGGAUAUCAAAUUUCUUUAUGGUUGUUCUAAGCCAACUAUUGUGGUUCUUUACCAGGAUAACAAAGAUGCUCGUCAUGUUAAAACAUAUGAGGUUGCUCUGAAGGAUAAAGAUUUUGUUGAGGGUCCAUGGUCCCAGAACAAUCUUGAUAAUGGGGCUGAUUUAUUGAUACCAGUUCCCCCACCUCUUUGUGGUGUGCUUAUUAUUGGAGAAGAAACCAUAGUAUACUGCAGUGCUAGUGCUUUUAAAGCUAUCCCAAUCAGACCAUCAAUUACAAAAGCCUAUGGAAGAGUUGAUCCUGAUGGUUCUAGAUAUUUACUUGGUGACUAUACAGGGUUGCUUAGUCUACUUGUAAUAAGCCAUGAGAAAGAAAAGGUUACAGGACUCAAAAUUGAGCCCCUUGGGGAGACUUCCAUUGCAUCUACAAUAUCAUAUCUUGAUAAUGCAUUUGUCUACAUUGGCUCAAGUUAUGGAGAUUCUCAGCUUAUAAAACUAAAUCUACAACCUGAUGCAAAAGGUUCUUAUGUGGAAGUUUUGGAAAGGUAUGUCAAUUUGGGGCCAAUUGUAGACUUCUGUGUGGUAGACCUUGAAAGGCAAGGCCAAGGUCAGGUUGUAACUUGCUCUGGUGCUUACAAGGAUGGUUCUCUUCGUGUUGUCCGUAAUGGAAUAGGGAUCAAUGAACAGGCAUCGGUAGAACUUCAAGGUAUCAAAGGAAUGUGGUCACUAAGAUCUUCAACAGAUGAUCCUUUUGACACAUUCUUGGUUGUGAGUUUUAUAAGUGAAACACGAAUCUUAGCAAUGAAUCUUGAGGAUGAGCUGGAAGAAACUGAGAUUGAGGGAUUUUGUUCUCAAGUACAAACUUUAUUUUGUCAUGACGCAAUUCACAAUCAACUUGUACAAGUCACUUCCAGCUCUGUAAGACUGGUCAGUUCCACAACUAGAGAGCUCCGGAAUGAAUGGCAUGCCCCAUCAGGCUAUUCAGUAAACGUAGCUACUGCAAAUGCUACUCAGGUUUUGUUAGCCACAGGAGGUGGGCAUUUAGUUUACCUUGAAAUUGGAGAUGGCAUACUGCAGGAAGUAAAGCACACCCAACUGGAGUAUGAGAUCUCAUGCCUAGAUAUAAAUCCCAUUGGUGAAAACCCCAAUCAGAGUCAUCUAGCUGCAGUUGGAAUGUGGACUGACAUAAGUGUUAGAAUUUUUUCUCUUCCUGAUCUGAAUCUCAUUACAAAGGAGCAUUUAGGAGGAGAGAUAAUACCUCGAUCCGUUCUUCUUUGUGCCUUUGAAGGGAUAUCCUACUUGCUAUGUGCCCUCGGUGAUGGCCAUCUCUUAAACUUUAUGUUGAACAGAAGCACUGGUGAGUUAACUGAUAGGAAAAAGGUCUCUCUUGGGACACAACCUAUAACUCUACGGACAUUCUCAUCCAAGAAUACAACCCAUGUUUUUGCUGCAUCUGAUCGGCCAACGGUGAUUUAUAGUAGUAACAAAAAAUUACUCUAUAGUAAUGUGAAUCUGAAGGAAGUGAGUCACAUGUGCCCUUUCAACUCUGCUGCUUUUCCAGACAGUUUGGCGAUUGCAAAAGAAGGUGAACUCACUAUUGGCACCAUCGAUGACAUUCAAAAACUUCAUAUUCGCUCUAUUCCACUAGGGGAGCAUGCACGGCGUAUCUGCCAUCAGGAGCAAACCAGGACCUUUGCUAUUUGUAGUUUGAAAUACAACCCAACAAGUGCUGAAGAAUCUGAAAUGCACUUUGUCCGCUUGCUGGAUGACCAGACUUUUGAGUUCAUAUCAACUUAUCCACUUGAUACAUUUGAGUAUGGCUGCUUUAUAAUUAGCUGCUCCUUCUCAGAUGAUAAUAACGUGUAUUACUGUGUUGGAACUGCUUAUGUAUUGCCAGAGGAAAAUGAACCAAGCAAGGGAAGAAUUCUUGUUUUUGCUGUUGAAGACGGAAAGCUACAGCUAAUUGCUGAGAAGGAGACAAAAGGAGCAGUUUACUGCUUGAAUGCGUUUAAUGGUAAAUUGCUUGCUGCUAUUAAUCAAAAAAUUCAGCUGUACAAGUGGGUGCUCCGGGAUGAUGGUACCCAUGAAUUACAGUCUGAAUGUGGACAUCAUGGACACAUCCUAGCACUAUAUGUGCAAACUAGAGGAGAUUUCAUCGUAGUUGGUGAUCUGAUGAAGUCAAUUUCCUUGUUAAUGUAUAAGCAUGAAGAAGGCGCUAUUGAGGAGAGAGCUCGUGACUACAACGCCAAUUGGAUGUCAGCUGUUGAAAUCCUUGAUGAUGACAUAUACCUUGGUUCAGAAAAUAGUUUCAAUCUCUUUACUGUUCGGAAAAAUAGUGAAGGUGCCACUGAUGAAGAACGGGGUCGUCUUGAAGUAGUUGGUGAGUAUCACCUUGGAGAAUUUGUCAAUCGGUUCCGGCACGGCUCCCUUGUUAUGCGCUUGCCAGAUUCUGACGUGGGCCAGAUUCCAACUUUCAUUUUUGGCACCAUUAAUGGCGUGAUUGGUGUAAUUGCCUCUCUUCCUAAUGAGCAGUAUCUUUUCUUAGAGAAGCUUCAGUCAAACUUGAGGAAGGUGAUUAAGGGCGUUGGAGGGCUCAGCCAUGAGCAGUGGAGGUCAUUUAACAAUGAGAAGAAAACUGUGGAAGCGAGAAAUUUUUUGGAUGGGGAUUUAAUUGAAUCAUUUCUUGAUCUGAACCGCAGUAAGAUGGAUGAGAUUUCCAAGGCAAUGGAUGUUUCAGUAGAGGAGUUAUGCAAGAGAGUAGAAGAGUUGACAAGAUUGCACUGAGUUUAUCCUCAUUUGCAGCUUCUUUGUUCUUUAUUCUCGUUAACAUCGUUUUAUGUAUUAACUUAUUUCCCCAGCUAUGCAGACAUUAGGGAAUGGUUUGCAUUUUGCAAUAUAUGGAUCACAAAUGGUGUAUAAUAUGUAUGUCAUAUGGGUUUUCAUUUUAUACUUUUUCUCUUUAGCAUUCUCUUAAUAUU